AGUCUGGGUGGAGGAGGAACCACCGCGUAAUCUAUUGGUAACGUUAGAAUCCCAACCUGACAGUUUUUGUGGCAAGCGUAUUGAGGGUUUUCCGGGUGUCCAUGGGUCUGUUUAAACCGCAGCAAAGGUUUAAAACGAAAAAUAAGCUACUGUAAGUAACGCUGGUCCGUCCAACAGGGCGUGCAUUCCGUUCGUGUAAUAAAUAUUUGCUUGGCGACAACAACUGCGCUUCAGUAGUUUUCCUGAUAUAUUUCCGAACGGAUAUAUGAAACUACGAGUGUUUUGUUGGCCCUUUACUUCGGAAAGAUACAUGCUGCUAAGAUGGCAACCAAGGCUCAAGUGUUGUAUGGGUUUACAGCUGAAGCAGGGAACAAUGAAUUGUCAGUGAGAGAAGGAGAAACCAUCACAAUUAUCAAUCAGAAUGUAGGUGGUGGUUGGAUAGAAGCUCAAAACUCGAACGGGGAUGUAGGUCUCGUCCCUGAGGAUUACAUAGAGGUUAACUCCAGUGCAACUCCCAGUUCUCAGCAAGCUCAUGCAGCAGUGGGAUCCUAUGAUGCUCACAGCUCUGAACCAGCGCACACUCAGGGAACGAAUGGUGGUAGCGACCCUUGGUCUGCCUCAGCAUGGACUGACAACAACAAUCCCUCUGGGAACUGGGACUACAGCGGACAACAACAAACACCCGCCUAUCAGCAACAGGCGUCCCUAGAUGACGAUGAGUGGGAUGAUGAAUCUGAUGAUGGCAGAUCAGCAGGUGGCUACGCCCAGGCAGAGGAGGGGGGCACUGCCCAACGGGGGGGCCCCUUACACCCCUCCAUGAAAAUCUCCCGCAACAAGUUUCACUUUUCAAAGACUCCAAAUCCAGAGGUCUACCUUCUUGGAAAUCUUCCCAAUAAAGGCAAAGAAAGAUUACUGAUAUAUAUGGGACAGGUGGGUCCUGUGUGGCAGUAUCCUCAAACCCCAAUGGACUGCAUGGUGGCAGAUCCCAAGAAGGGCUCAAAAAUGUACGGCUUGAAGAGUUACAUUGAAUAUCAAAUCACACCAAGUACCACAAACAGAGCUGUCAACCACAGAUACAAACACUUUGACUGGCUGUACGAGAGACUACUGGAAAAGUUUGGCUCAGCAAUCCCUAUCCCCUGCCUGCCAGACAAGCAAAUCACAGGGCGUUUCGACGAUGACUUUAUUAAGAUGCGUAUGGAGCGCCUGCAGGGCUGGAUGGGCAGGAUGUGUCGACAUCCUGUCGUCUGCGAGAGUGAAGUCUUCCAGCUUUUCAUGAACUACAAGGACGAGAGGGACUGGAAGGUGGGGAAGAGGAAAGCGGAGAAAGACGAGACCAUGGGCGUGAUGAUCUUCUCCACGAUCGAGCCAGAGGCGCCCGAUCUGGAUCCCAUUGAAAUAGAACAGAAGUGUGACAUGUACAGCCGCUUUACGAAAACCAUGGACGAUGGAGUCAAAGACCUGCUCAACGUCGGUAACUUACAUUGGAAGAGGUGUACAGGGCCUCUACAGAAGGAAUACCAAAAAAUUGGCAAAGCCUUUCAGAACCUCUCCACUGUUUUCACAACCAGUGGAUAUACAGGAGAGCCCACGCUCACAGAGGCGUUAACCGCAACAGGGAGAACCUAUGAAGAAAUUGCAGAAAUUGUGGCUUCACAGCCCAAGCAAGAUCUGCAUUUCCUUCUGGAAACAAACACGGAGUACAAAGGCUUGUUGGGCUGCUUUCCAGACACCCUAGGAGUCCAUAAGGCAGCCAUUGAGAAGUGGAAGGAGGCAGACCGUUUGGUGGCCAUAAACAAGAUCACCCACCAGGACAAGCUAACAAUGGCGAAGCGUCUGAGCACCAUGUCCUACUCACUUCAAGCUGAGAUGAACCACUUCCAUAGCAACCGUAUCUAUGACUACAACAGGGUCAUGCGUCUCUACCUGGAGCAACAGGUCAAAUUCUAUGAAACGAUUGCUGACAAACUGAGGCAGGCACUCGGUCAUUAUGCAGAUUUAUGAAGACUGGUGUGCUUCAUGCGUAACUCAACUAAGUGACCUUUUACGCGAACUAAAACCUCUCUUACAUGACCUAAAUUCAAGACAAUGCGCCUCUGCUUUCUCUCACACCGUGACAUGACUCAGACCUUUAAGAUAGAAAAAUAUGCAAAUGCACCUGAAUCUUGCGGAAACUUUGGUUUGACAUUUCAAGGAACUGAACUUUGAAAGAGGAACUGAUAGCGAACAGAAGAUGCCAUCGAAAUACGUUGAGUUUUACUUCCAUCUUGGCAUCACCCACCCAUCCACCAAACUCUUAAAACAUUUUACAGCAUUUCCAGAUCUCUUGUAAAUCAAUCAGUGUCAUAAAGCCAUUAGGCUUUGCUGAGAUGCACCUAAUGACAUGCACUGAGAUGCACCUACCAGAUGUGUGCGACACGCUCUCGCCUUCACCAUGUUAAACGUCUACUUCCACAAUGUCAUUUCACAGUCAUUUAAGUUUGUCUUCAGACUUGCAGUGCUGCUUCCCCCAUCUCCAUGUUCAUUGUAAACGUCAUGUCAUUUCCACUGAUUUAAGUCACUGAGGCUGGUCCUUGUAGUGCGUGUGACCAAAUGUAAAAAAAAAGACCCAUAAUGACCAUAAUAUCCUGUCCUUAAUACAUGUUGUUUGUCUUAUAAGGGCUUUUAUGUCAUAUGCAGUAUGUUGUGUAUCAGAUAAUCCAGAUUGUACAUGAAAUUUACACUCUUUUUCAUGUAAGAUUUGUUGUCAUUCCCGAGUAAUACUUAUACAGUAAGGUCAUAAUAUUCAUCUUCAUCUCAAUUCACAUUACACUUAAAUGAAUGUAACUUUAUAUAUUGUAUGGAUUAAUAAAAUAUCUAUUUGUACUACUUUA